AUGGUCCCUCCAGGCCACAUCCUGCUGCUGCUUUUGCUCCCAGUGGCUGCAGCUCAGACAACCCCAGGUGAGAGAUCACUCCAUCCCUUUUACCCUGGUGCUUCAGGUUCCUGUUCCGGAUGUGGGCCCCUCUCCCUGCCGCUCCUGGCAGGCCUCGUGGCAGCUGAUGCAUUCGUGUCCCUGCUAAUUGUGGGGGCGGUGUUCCUGUGUGCCCGCCCACGCCACAGACCCACCCAAGAUGGCAAAGUCUACAUCAACAUGCCUGGCAGGGGCUGACCCUCCUGUAACUGCGACCUUUGAUUCUGACCCUCUCAUCCUUGAUGGCGUG